AAUGAUAAAAUAGAGUUACUUGUGGGCUGUAUUGCUGAACUAUCAGAAAUGGAAGAAAACAUGCUGCUGAGACACGGGGAGAAUGACUUCAGUGUCAUGUAUUCCACACGGAAAAACUGUGCACAGCUGUGGCUUGGUCCUGCUGCAUUUAUCAAUCAUGAUUGCAGACCUAACUGUAAGUUUGUGUCAACGGGCAGAGAUACAGCGUGUGUGAAAGCUUUAAGAGAUAUUGAACCUGGAGAAGAAAUCUCUUGUUACUAUGGAGAUGGCUUUUUUGGAGAAAACAAUGAAUACUGCGAAUGUUACACCUGUGAAAGACGUGGAACUGGUGCUUUUAAAUCAAGAGUGGGAUUGCCAGCGCCUACUCCUGUCAUUAAUAGUAAAUAUGGACUGAGAGAAACAGAUAAACGAUUGAACAGACUUAAAAAGUUGGGUGACAGCAGCAAAAAUUCAGACAGCCAAUCCGUCAGCUCUAACACUGAUGCAGAUACCACUCAGGAAAAAGCUAAUGCAAGUAACAGAAAAUCUUCAAUUGGUGUAAAAAAGAACAGCAAAAGUAGAACAUUAACAAGACAGUCUAUAUCAAGAAUUCCAGCAUCGUCAAAUUCUACCUCAUCUAAACUAACUCAUAUAAAUAAUUCCAGGGUACCAAAGAGACUGAAAAAGCCUGCAAAGCCUUUACUUUCAAAGAUAAAGUUGAGAAAUCAGUGCAAAAGGCCAGAGCAAAAGAGUGCUUCUAGAAAGCUCGAAAUGGGAAAUUUAGUUCUCAAAGAGCCUAAAGUAGUUUUGUAUAAAAACUUGCCCAUUAAGAAGGAUAAAGAAUUGGAGGGACCAGUCAAAGUUGCAGUCUCUAGUGGAUGCUUAACAAGGCAUGCAGCAAGAGAACAUAAACUGAAUUCUGUGAAAGGUGCUUAUGAGCAUGGUGAUAUACCAUCCUGUACAUACAUAACUAGGAGGUCAAUGAGAACAAGGAUGAAUUUGAAGGAGACCUCUGACAUAAAGCUUGAACCAAAUAUGUUGGAUAGUUAUAAGAACAAUUUGACUGGAACGCAGUUGGGUAUUUUAGAGCAGCAGCCUUGUGUGGUAAAUGAAAGUGCUGCAGCUCAUGGACCAUCACAUAAAGGGGAAAAUAGAUGUCAGAAAAAUGAUACAAGCAUGUCUAAAAAGAGAUCUCGACAAGGAAAACUUGUGAAACCAUCUGCAAAAACAGAAGAAACAGAUACUACACACAAUAUACUUGUGAAAGAUGAAGUACCAGAUUUGAUUAGUUCUCAUUCAGAACUGGGAGAGAGGAAUAAUGUGGUGGACACACCUGUUGGCUAUAAAGACUACAUCCCUGGGUCUGGUGGCUGCUCUGUUGUAACAUCUGACAAUUUAAAAGCAAAAGACAGCUUUAGAACUGCAAAAAGUAAAAAGAAAAGACGGAUCACGAGGUAUGAUGCACAACUUAUCCUUGAAAAUAGCUCUGGGAUCCCUAAACUGACUCUUCGUAGACGCCAUGAUAGCAGUAGCAAGACAAAUGACCAAGAGAGCGAUGGAGUGAAUUCUUCAAAAAUAAGCAUCAAAUUAAGUAAAGACCACGAAAAAGAUAAUAAUUUAUAUGUAGCAAAGCUAAACAAUGGAUUUAACUCAGGAUCAGGCAAUAGUUCAACAAAAUUAAAAAUACAGCUGAAACGAGAGGAAGAAAAUAGAGGGAUGUACCCUGAGGACCUUCACGAAAAUGGUGUGUGUUGUAGUGAAACUCUCUCCCUUUUGGAGUCAAGAAUGGAAGUAGAUGAUUACGGUCACUAUGAAGAGGAAACAGCAGAUGAAUCAUCAUCAGAAGAGGAUGAUGAAGAGGAAGAUGACUAUGACGAUGAAUUUGAUGACUUUAUUCCACUUCCUCCAGCGAAAAGACUAAGGCUUAUUGUUGGCAAGGAUUCAAUAGAUAUUGAUAUUUCUUCCAGGAGGAGAGAAGAUCAGUCUUUAAGGCUCAAUGCAUAAGCUUGUAGGUCUUAAACUGACCUGGAUGUCAUUUUAAAAAAA